GUAACACCAGGAAAUGUUUGAUAAGCGGCGUCAGGAUCCCGGAUCAGCUGAGACGUCAGUCACCGGCAGCACCAGUCAGGCGGAGAGCGCUGCUGCCAAUAUUUUAUCUUCAAAUACGGUAUUUUUGGACACUUGGACCUGAACCAGUAUGGCGAACGGACACGUGGAGAUCCACGACCUCUUCUCCAACCACCACGGCGGCACCAGCCCCACAGACUGUGACCUUAAAUCUACCUCAGACCCUGGCAGCAUGGACGGUACAGCGGAGUUCAGACUCAUGAUGGCCUACGCAAAGAGGAGACGGCCACAGCAGGAGGAGGACUCACAUGUGCAGGACAAUGGUAGUACAGAUGCAAACGGAACAACUCCAUCUCAGACACCAGUCCAGACUGAAACAGAGGUGAAGACGAAAAAGAAGAAAAAGAAGGGAUGGAAGCGUCUGUCGAGCAUUUUAAAAUGUGUCAAGCCUCAGACAGACGACAAAGAACCUCAGCAAACGCCUCCUUCCAACGCUACCAACAGGUGUAUGGAUCCUCCAGCUGAUGAGUCACUGAUGAUAGACUCCAUUGAACCUGCUGAGGUUAAAAAGAAGGAUCAGUUGGAGGAGGCAGUGAGCAGACUAACGGAGAUCGCUGAUGAAAUCCCGUUCACGCCCCCAGAACUGGAGACGGACUCGGAAGAGGGUGAAGUGGAGAAGAUGAUCGGUCUGCUGCUGAGGGAAACAGGAGACAAAUGGAACGAGAAGGAGCUGAAGGAUGCCAAUAUCGCAGCAGAGUUAUUCUGGGACUACAGUUUCUUUAAGAAUCUAAUAAAUGCCCUGCUCAUGAGGAUGGGCCUCAGGAGCGCCGACCCCGACGCUCUGGGGCCACAAGCAUCGCCCAAAACCCAGAUCGCCGUGACCUGUGAGGUCACCACUCGUCUCACAGCAGUGAACACGUUGCCCACAAACCGCCUGCUGAGCCACGGAGCCAGAUACCUGCAGGACUAUUACUCGACCUGGGCGCAGCAGCAGGGAGGAUAUGAGGCAGCCUUCGAGGGUGAUGAGGAUGAAGUGGAGUGAACAUCUUGAUGAGGUUUUCCAGUUUCACAGCAGCACCUGCAGCCCGUCUGAGAAACCACAGUGGAGGAGCUGCCAGCAUUAAGAGUCCUUCAGGGAGACUUCACUGUGACACUUUAACCUCUCAGCAGUGUGUCUGAAUGCUCUGAAAGGAGAGCACCAAACAGGAGUUCUGUGUUUUUAUUCUGCCAAAUCAGUUUGCAAACACAUCUGGAGCUUUAGGAUUAGAAAUCAAACAAUCAUGUUUGGUUUUUUUCUUGCAAAUAAUUCUGUUGUUCAGGUAUUUUUGUGUACUUACAGGAGCAAUGAGUCAAAGCAGAAAUUGUUUUUUUGUACCGUUUGUGUGUUUUGCCAUUAAUGAAAAACUAUCAGAACAUAGCCCUGUGUUUUAUGUGGACUGUGGCAUUAUUUGUUUUGUAGUUUGAAAGAACAAAAAAAAAAAGUACUGUUCAGCACUUGCACUUUAUAUGAAGAUAAUGAAAAGCGCCAAAUUGCGAAUGUGUAAUAGAUCUGGUGUUAUUUGUGUUAUUAACAACUGUUUGGUUUUUCUAAGGGACCACUGUAUGUACUGUCUGAAAUGGUUAUUUGCUACAUGUAAUGAAAAUAUGGACCAAAAACCAACACUUUUUUUAUUACGUGUACUGUUUAUACAAUAAUAGUGUGUCAGUAAUAAAUUAUACACCAUUUUUAUUACAAUACAUGUUGCCAAUGUUCAAAUAAAGUGCAGAGCUCUGAAGGGAAAUUUGGAGUGAGUGUAUAAAAAGUGACCUAAAUGCUA